CUUCAUUCCUCGUUGGACCGCAGUGCAAGUCGUGUCAUUUUUUUAUUUUCAGUUUUUAGCUGAAAUUAGAAAAAGAGAUUGCAAUUUUGUACAUUUUAAUUUGUAACUAGUGAAGUUACUUUGUCUUUUGUCUCAUUUGAACCAGUUUAAGUGCCAAAUAGGUGUGGAACAAUGGCCGCAUUGACGAAAGGAGUCUUCAUUGUUGGAGCCAAGCGUACGGCUUUCGGCACCUUUGGAGGGGCGUUCAAGAACACGAAUGCCACCCAGCUGCAGACUGCUGCGGCCAAGGCAGCCCUGGAUGCUGCCGGCGUUAAGCCAGAUCAAGUCGACUCGGUCAACAUUGGUCAGGUGCUGGUGCUGUCGUCCUCGGAUGGUGCUUUCUUGCCUCGUCACGUGUCACUGCACUGCGGAAUUCCAAUCGAGAAGCCGGCCCUCGGAGUGAAUCGUUUGUGUGGAUCUGGGUUCCAGUCGAUCGUGAAUGGAGCUCAGGACAUCAUCCUGGGUUCGGCGAAGAUUUCGCUGACCGGAGGAGUGGACAACAUGAGCCAGACUCCGUACACCGUGCGGGGAGCUCGUUUCGGAAUUCCUCUCGGUACCAACCCAGCGCUCGAGGAUGCCCUGUGGGUUGGCCUGAGCGACUCGUUCUGCAAGCUUCCGAUGGCGCUGACUGCGGAGAAUCUGGCUGAGCAGCACAAGAUCCCUCGUGAUAAGGUGGACGCCUUUGCGCUGCGUUCCCAGCAGCUGUGGAAGAAGGCCAACGACGAGGGUGUGUUCAAGAAUGAGAUCACGCCCUUCAAGCUGAAGGUUAAGGGCAAGGAGGUUGACUUUGCUGUCGACGAACAUCCCCGUCCGCAGACUACCGCCGAGGGUUUGGCCAAGCUGCCAGCGUUGUUCAAGAAGAACGGCUGCGUUACCGCCGGAACUGCCUCCGGAAUCUGUGACGGAGCUGCCGCCGUCAUCCUGGCCUCGGAAGAAGCCGUCAAGGCGCACAACCUGACCCCACUGGCGCGCCUCGUUGCGUACAGUACCGUCGGAGUGCCGCCGGAGAUCAUGGGCAUCGGCCCCGUUCCCGCCAUCGAGAACGUCCUCAAGGUGGCCGGACUGUCCAAGAGCGACAUCGAUCUGUACGAAAUCAACGAAGCGUUCGGCGUCCAAACCCUCGCCUGCAUUCAAGCGCUCGGCCUCGACUCCAACCAGUUCAACCUGAACGGUGGUGCGAUCGCGCUGGGACAUCCGCUGGGAGCGUCCGGAUCACGCAUCACCGGUCAUCUGGUGCACGAGCUGAAGCGCAAGAACCUGAAGCGUGCCAUCGGAUCGGCCUGCAUCGGAGGCGGACAGGGUAUUGCGCUGCUGCUGGAGUCGGUUUAGAUUUGUUUUUUUGUUUGUACUCAGGGGUGGUUUCACUGCAAGCAUUUUCUUGAAAGUCGUGUUUUUAGCGACGAAUUUUCAUAUUUAUCGUAAUAAAGAAGAUAUUUUUCUAACUGUAAA